AUGGGAGAGUCUUUGAUUCUGAAGACAUGGAAGGGAUUUCGCAUAUCCUGUUAUAAUUAUGCCUCUAGUCACCUUCUCUUAUUUUUGAUGUCUGACAAUAAAAAGAUUAUGGUGUGGAACGUUCAAGGAGCGGGAUCUAAAGGUUUUAUGAGAGUUUUCAAGAAUUUCUGCCGAAAAUACUCUUUUGAUAUCAUUGGAAUUCUUGAACCAAGAAUUAGUGGUGUCAAAGCUUAUCUUUUCAUCAAAAACAGUGGCUAUUUUUAUUCCCACAGAGUAGAAGCGGUGGGAUUCUCAGGGGGUAUCUGGAUUAUAUGGAAUCAAAAAUAUGAUAUUGUUGUGUUGGACAAUAAUAAAUACUUCAUUCAUUUGAGAAUUGUCGAUGGCACCGAGACGUUUUUACUUACCAUUGUUUACGCUAGCCCUAACGCCACGCUAAGGCAACACUUAUGGACUGAUUUGAAUGUUUUAGCUACUUUGAUAGCGGAACCUUGGAUGUUAGGAGGUAAUUUCAACGCAGCUUUGUAUGAUAACGAGAGGAAAGGGGGUGCUUAUGGUAAUGGUGGUGGGUGUAGACAGUUUAGAAGCUUUUUUGAAAGUCACAGUUUAAUCGACCUUGGGUUCUGCGGGUCUCAGUUUACUUGGAAACGAGGUACCCUUUUCAAAAGACUGGACAUUUUUAUCUGUAAUGAUAGGUGGACUUCAAAAUUCAACUACUUUUACGUCCUUCAUCUUCCCAGAAUCCAAUCCGACCACAAUCCCAUUUUUAUUCAAUUCAACAAGCAGCACCAUCUUUCUUCAGGACCUAAGCCUUUCAGGUUUCAGGCGGCGUGGAUUGGAAAUGAUGGUUUCAAAGACCUUGUUCGUCAAAGCUGGAAUAAUGCUAGUUCCCUUGCUGAUUCCAUAGAGAAUUUUGCGGUCCAGGCGAAACGAUGGAAUACUACAGUGUUCGGUAAUAUCUUCAAAAGAAAGGAUAAUCUAUUGUCCAGACUCUAUGGGAUUCAAAAAGCUAGAGAAUUUUAUUACUCGGAUAAGCUGAAUGUGUUGGAGGAUGAGCUUAAGAAGGAGUUGGAUACUACUUUCUAUCAGGAGGAGCUUCUGUGGAUCCAAAAAUCAAGGAACGAUUGGGUUAUUGACGGAGACUGCAACACGAAUUAUUUUCAUAAUAAGGUGAAGGAUUGA